AUGGCGUCUUCCCCUGACGUACACGUCAGAAUUUGUAGUCAAGAAAUCAUAAAAUAUGACCUGGAAAUCAAAGCACUCAUUCAGGACAUCAGAGACUGCCCAGGGCCACACUCUGCCCUCUUAAACUUCAACUCUCAGGUCAAAGAGAAGUUCAACAAACUCCGGCUCAGAAUACAGGACCUAGAGCAGAUGGCAAAGGAGCAGGACAGAGAGUCGGACCGAGUGGAGAUCCAGACCGAGACGGAGAGUCAAAGAAGACAAAUGCUCAGUAACCAGACGGCCUGGAGGAAGGCGAACCUGGCCUGUAAACUAGCCAUCGACAACAUGGAGAAGAACGAGCUGCUGCACAAGGGAGAGGCCAACAGCCUCAGACAGAGAAAAGUGACAAAGGAGAGUCUGGUGGAGAGCAGCAGUGACAUCACAGAGAGCCUCAUGUCCAUCAGUCGAAUGAUGGCGGAGCAGGUGAAGCAGAGCGAGGACGCCAUCGGCACGCUGGCCACUUCCUCUCGCACGGUGGUGGAGACAAACGAGGAGUUCAAAAACAUGACGGGGACAAUCCACUUUGGCAGAAAACUCAUCCUCAAAUACAACCGCAGGGAGCUCACCGACAAGCUGCUCAUCUUCCUGGCUCUGGCCCUGUUCCUCGCUACGGUUUUAUACAUCCUGAAAAAACGUCUGUUCCCAUUUAUUUAG